GUUACAAAUUCAUUCAUGUACCAAGAAGCAAUGGGACAGGUGGUGGUGUAGGGCUCUUGUAUAGACAAAGUGUCAGGGCAAGGUUGAGAACUUGCAAACAUUCUUUCCGGUCAUUUGAAUAUUUGGAUGCUAGUUUCAUAAAUGUUACAAAUGUUAGAGUAAUUGUUAUAUAUCGCCCACCGGCUGUUGGACUAUCACCCGAAAUUUUCUUGGAUGAUUUUUCAACUUUAUUGGAAGAACUUAUAUGCUCUGAAGAAUUGUUAAUCAUGGGAGACUUUAAUCUCCACAUAGAUGAUAUUGAGAAUACUCAAGCUGUUCGUUUUAUUAGUCUCUUGGACUCGUUUGGUUUGAAACACACAGAAGGGGUCACAUUUUGGAUCUUGUGAUUACAAGAGACGAUUGUGUGGCUUUGGAAGUGAGCAAUAUUUGUGUUCUGGAGCAGCCUGUCUCUGACCAUCAGCCAACAUGGUUCAAUCUCAAUCUUGAGAAGCAAUCCAAUCAACGGAAAACCGUUGUGAGUAGGCGACUUAAGAACUUUGACUGUGAAUUGUCUAAUUUCAGAAUUACUUCAUGGAUGACAACACAAGUCUUUCGGCACUGGUAAAUAACUAUGACACCGUUCUGUGUGGUAUUCUGGAUGAACUUGCACCAGUAAAAACUCGAUCAAUCAUUGUUCAUCCAAAUGCAUUAUGGUAUAAUGAGAUUGCAGAUGCGAAAAAGAAACGACGAAGGCUUGAACGUAAGUGGCGCUCAAAUCGACUCGAUUGCAAUAGAGCAAACUAUCUGGCUCAGUGUGAUGUUGUUAACGAAAUGCUACAUAAGGCGAGAGAAGAAUACUACUCAACCAUCAUACGUGAUAACGCACACGAUCAGAGAGUACUUUUUUGGGUAGUUCCUCGGGUAGAGGAGAACUGA